UGGGUCACCGUUCUUAUAACGUCAUCAACAGGCGACCUGCUCCCCGGGAGUUGUCAUAGGAACAGACCGUCCGGAGGCCCUGACCUAAUAUAUACCGUCACUAUCGAGGCGUGCAGUUGUCUAUUACCUUCUGGACAUGGCUGAAGGGGGGACACUCAUCACCCUGGAUUACGAGGUUUUCGGGAAAGUUCAAGGUGUUUUCUUUCGCAAGUAUACGCAGAAAGCGGGGGCUCGUCUGGGCCUUGUUGGUUGGGUGCGUAAUACAGCAACGGGAACAGUCCAGGGACAGCUACAAGGUCCUAUAGCCAGUGUGCGAGAGAUGCAGGAAUGGCUGCAGAACACAGGAAGCCCCAAGUCCGUGAUCAAAGAGGCACAAUUCCAUAAUGAAAAGACGAUACAACGGCUGGAAUUCAGCAGCUUUCAGAUCAGCAAGUGAGAGCUACGGCGACACAGCGCUGCAGGGACGCUGCAGGGAAAGACAAUAGCUUCAUCCGACACUCCUCAUUUCAGACAAGCCAUGGUUACGUGCAUCCAUUGCUCAUGUCACAGGAUCAUAUCUGUUUUUAUUUAACAGUAUUUAUAGGGUUUAUUAUUAUUAAUAUUUAUAUAGCACCACAAGUUUAUAUCCAUCGUGUCACCCUUAGCAUGUUACAAUACGUGGAGUUUGUGGACACUGCAGUGUUACCGAAUUAAACGAAUAGUUGGAUCCUG